CAGGACCUGCUGCGCUUGUGAGCCCUGUGACCAACUGACCGCUGAGGCGCCAAACGAUGACAUCGCCCAUUGCCUCAUGUCUAGUCUGCCAGUGGUCAGCUUGCAGCGUUCAGUCUUAUGACAUGGUCAUCGGUGAUGCCUCUUUAGUGUUUCCUUCUUGACGUCAACGGACAGGAGAUAACACUCGCAGCUUGAUCUUGGACCGAGGAGGACUUGAUGCACGGUGGCAUACAAGCAAGCCUGGCUGGAUGAAUGGCAUUCCUCUGAGCAACGCUUUUCUUCAGCCUCCUAUACCUGCGCCACUGCCGCUUCCGCUUCCGCAGGUGCAGCAAAUCCAGCUGCAAUAGGGGCCCGCAAUGUCGGAGCCUUUUGGUCAGCUGCGGCCGGACGUUCCCCACUAUGACAGCAUGACCCCACCAGAUGCUGUCAACGGGGCAGACCCCAGUAACAUGCGAAGGGAAUGGACAGAAGAAAAGGAGGGUCGAGAGCGCCUCGUGCGUGCUCUCGCUAACUUGACCGAGGUUCGGGAUUUGUUAAGGAGGUUUAAUUACUUCCGAAAUGAAGAGCGCACGAAGCCAAGCCGUGGACGAAAGAGCGUGCUUAAACUUUCGUGCAUUGUAUGUCGAGAGCUCAAGGUCAAAUGUCAGACCGAUAAGGAAGGAGUGGGACCCUGCACUCGGUGUGUGGCGCGAGGCGACGAUUGCGUGUUCGAGAAGCAUCGCAGAACCCAGAAGCGAGAUACUGAUCGAAUCGAGGACAUCGAACAGUCAUUCGACGUGGUCUAUAAGGCUUUCAGCGAGCUAGUCUCCAGCGCUUCGAGAUGCUCCCUCGCCGACCUGGAACAGUCUGCAGUGGAUGCCAAACCGCCCAAGCGGGCUUCCCAUCUCGGAGAGGACGGCCACUCGAGCUGUUCCAUGUCGCCCGUUGGAAACUCUCGGUUAGCGCCACCAGAUAGAAGUGCAAUCGAAGCUCCUUCGAGAACUGGCAGCCCUCCUCGACGGAAAAGGCGCGUCGAUCCACCUUCUGUGCAGACUGGGAACUGGCCAGGAGAUGACCUCACAAACAGCGAAGAUGAGGCUGGCGUCACCGUGAACCCUCUAAAACUGCUCGCUGCAAGCGCUGUUGAUCCUCAUCAGCGUGGUGAACAACCGUUAGAGAGGGCAUCAUCGCCAGUGCAGACUUCUCUCCCGCCGCGAUGGCGCUCGACACCACACAAGGUACUGGACGCCGGCGCGUACUGGCGCAAAUCACACUUUCAACCGGUCCCCGACAUUGGCAGUCAGGCUGUCAGCGUUAUCGAUGCUGGCAUCAUUUCCGAAGCGCAAGCGAGCAAGUACUUGCACAUGUUUUUCGAGGGGCGCAACAAGCAGCUCCAGCUAUUGGAUCCUUACCUUCACACCAUCCACUAUCUGCGUCGGCACUCAUCCAUGCUACUUGGCGUCAUCUGCUCGCUCGAAGCACGAUUCACUGAAGGCGAUGAGGACGUUGCUCUCGCUAUGAGACGACACAUACAAGAGAAAUGCAUGGCUCAAGUCAUGCUUCCGCCGUCAUUCAAGUCGCUGGAACUGGGCCAAUCGUUCCUCAUCUUAGUGGCGUAUGGAUCCACAACAGAGCUAGCUCAGCAUGAUCGCUCAUGGACAUUCUUAUACUCUGCUAUGUGUAUGGCGACCGAGCUUGGCUGUCACGUGAAGCCACUUUCCAAAUAUACGACUGACACAUCGGAGACGCACCUUCGAGGGCUUCGGAAUCAAGAGCGAUUCUGGUUGGCUGUCUGGAUGGCAGAGCGCGUCCUGUGCGCACAAACGGGACGGCCCUCAUUGAUGCCCAAGCAGCCGUACGAGAACGAGUCGAUGUCCAGCUGGCACAGGCAAUUGUAUGCCCUUCCAGAGGAUGCUACCAUGAUUGCCAAUAUCGAGCUCGAGAUAACAGUCACUCACCACCAGCAGCUGUACCAGAACCUGGUGGCCGACGCCCAACAAGACGUUGCAGUUCGACUGCAGUUCUAUCGAGACGCUUUCUGCUCUGAACUGUCCAAAUGGAAGACACACUACGCCACGAGGCCGACCCCAGAGCAGGUGCAGGCGCUAUCCUCCGCGCGCAUGCUGCUGUGCAGCUUGCCAAUUCGCGACCGACGCAAGGAACAUUCUCACUUUGGGCCGCUGCAGUGUCGCGAAUUACGAAACGAGUGCAGGCUCGCGGCGAUGGAGUUCAUCGAGGCAUGCGCUGCGCAGCCUGUGGGGCAUCUCGUCUAUGCGACAAACCAGUACAUCAUAGCAUCUGUCCACGCCACUGUGAUGCUGGUACAAUUCGCUUCAAGGCCGCAGUCCCCUGCACUGCCAGACGCAUAUGCGGGUCAGCGUGCGAUAGAAAAGGUGCGACUCUUCACCGAGAAGCUGCUCAUGUCCAGCAAACAGCCCAUUUCCCGAUCGUGGCACUCGUUCGCUGCGACAUACGUGCAGCUAUUGCAGCGCGUGCUCAGCAGAACGAGUGACGUCACUGGUGCCAGCGCAUUUCUGCCGAACGGAAAAGGCAGCGUUGUUUUGCCCAACCCCAAUUUCAGUGGCCUGCGCCCACCGCUCCUCUCACGAACAUCACCAUCACUUCGAAAUGAUUCUAGAUCUCCAAUGCCUGGCUCGCUCGGAUUUGGCUCAAAUGCACCCUUGCCACGCCUUGGUCUGGCUGCAGACGGCCCCAAUCGGUCAACAUGGAGCGAGCCGGUCACGGGGUACAUCCUUCCUGCACCUGCCAAUCCAAUAGGACAGCCUACGGAUAUCGGCUGGCCAAAUACUGUGCCCACGACCAGCGCGAUGGAUUGGAGCGAGGCAGACCGUGCUGGGCCUCUCAUGCUUGAUAAUUUGAUGGAUCAGUUGUUGAGUGCUUCAGGCGUCAUUGCGCCAGAUGGAGACAAUGAGCAAAUGCAUCUCUACGUCGAUCAGCUCAUCUUUGGCAAAAGGCCAACAGGUGCACCGUCCUUUGGCGUAGGGCCGCCUCAGCAGUGAGGCGGCAGCCUUCGGGCGCUGCGCGAACUCGGACACGUUGCCUUCUUCCGUGCAAGGCGCUUCCGGUGCUCUUGCGCUGUCUGAGGCAAGAGCAUCAAACUGUAGGCUACUAUCUACAUGUCUGUAUUCUCUCAGCACUUUGGAUGUACGACACACAGCGCCUGCGAUGCUGCAAGCAGUGAUGUCCUUUGUCCUGUGUAAUGCCGACUUCCAUUCGAG